CUUAACCCUCACGAACCAACAAUAAAACUAAAUCACGUAAACCCUAAAUCUUCUCCCAAUCGUCAGAAAUGUGCAAGACACAGAUUCUUCAACAACACGCGAGACGUAUUCUCGCUCACAGUAACAGGAGUUGUUUGUUUCGCUCAUACGGAACCGUAUCGGCUGCGGAUCAAAAUUUGCCUAGUCGGAUCGUGACAAAUUCAAAUCAAAAUGCACACAUCACUCCAAUGUUAGCGUCAUGGCAGAAACAAGGGCAUCAAGUGAAGCCGUCUGACCUCAGAGGCUUCAUCAAGAAUCUCCGUGGCUCCAAUCAAUUUUCUAAAGCUCUUGAGGCAUCGGAGUGGAUGGGUGAACAAAAGGUUUUUGAUAUUGUUCCAGAAGAUUAUUCAGCUCGGCUUCAUCUUGUUGAGAAUGUUCUUGGCUUGGAAGAAGCCGAGAAGUUCUUCAAAAGCAUUCCUAAGAACAUGACGGAUUAUUUUGUCUACGCCACUCUUUUGAGCUCUUACACGAAAUCUGAGAAUACAUUAGAUAAAGCUGAGGCCACGUUUGAGAAGAUGAGAGAGCUUGGAUUCCUCUUGAAACCUUCACCCUUCAACUCGAUGAUUUCUCUCUACGGUCAGCUCCAAAAACUAGAUAUGGUCGAGAAGCUUGUACGUGAGAUGCAAGAAACCAAGGUGGAGUGUGACAGUCCCACGGUGAACAAUGUUUUGAGGGUAUACGCGGACACAUGCAAGAUAAAAGCGAUGGAGACGUUUAAAACGUGGGUUGAUGAGCAAGGAAUCAAACUAGAGGGAGGUACCAUCGUUGCAAUGGCAAAGGCUUACCUUAGAUCUGGUUCGAUAGAAAAGGCGAUAGAGAUGUAUGGUAACGUGGCAGGGAGUGAAAAAGAAGUGUACCGUCUUUGGGAUGAGUACAAGAAAGAAACAAAGGUGAAUGAUAAUGGAUAUCGAACAGUUCUUAGCUCUUUGUUAAAGCUGGACAAUGUACAAGGAGCAGAGAAGAUAUAUGAAGAGUGGAAACCGGAAGGACCGAAGCUGGAUAUGAGCAUACCGAGUUUACUGCUUUCCCGGUAUUACGCUGAAGGCAUGGAAAUAAAUAUUGACCAAAUGGUAAAGUCUAUUAGAAAGAAGAGAUAUGAGAUGCAUUUAAAGAAGAUAAAAGAACGUUUGAUCUUUAUAAGGAGGGUGAUUGUUGUCAUGGGAUUGAAGUUGAAGGUUGAGCAAAUGGUAAAGUCGAUUAGACAAAAGAAGUUGAAAGAACCCUUGAUCUUACUGGAGGCGAGGGAAGCGAAGGUUAAGGAGAUGGUAACGUUCAUUAAGAAGAAGAGGUUUGGGAUGCGUUUACACAAGUUAAAAGAAUCUUUAAUCAAACUUGGGCAGAUUGGUAUGUUGGUGGGGUUGAUUGUUGCAAUUUUGGCCGUCAUUGUUGGUGCUCUAGUAAUCAAUGUAGCUUGGAAUGAGUGGCUCAUUCAACAACAUCCCCCAACAUCAUAUUGGAAGGUGCGGAUCUUAAAGGACAAUCCUAUGUUAUAUUAUUUUUUGUUCGUUCGUAAAUAGGUUUGUGUUUUCACUUUUCACCAAACUUUUUCUUGUACAUUUUAGUUUUUCUUUAGGGUUUAGGAUAAUGGUUUAUGAUCCUACAAAGUUUUAGUUUAUCUAAUUUUCUUUUAUGUAGCAAAAGAGAAUACAAAUACAAAGAUAUA